CCGUCCUCACUUCCGGGCUCGUGUGUGUUUGUGUCCGUCAGGUGAGGAGCGACACGCGCAGGUAAAGCAGCAGCGGGUGCGCGGGUCUGCCUGUGUAUCCGUCCGUCAGCCGUCACGAGCCGCUCGCCUUCCGGCCGGUUCCGCCGCACCGGACGCCGCACGCUCUGCCCCGCCAUGUCUCCUGCCGCUUUCCACGCGCAGCUGGCCUCCAUCAUGGAGGUUCUGGCCAACACGGCGGUGGCGGAGAUCCUGGAGCUCGUGGACAGCGGAUACUCGGAGCUGCGGCUCGAGAUCAGCCGCGGCCGCCGCGAGAACGAGCUGCUGCGGCGGAAGCUGCGCCUCAUGGAGCUGAGGGCCGCGCGCGUCACCGCCCUGCGCGCCGCGAGCGGCACUGCGCUGCUGCACGUCGGCGGCGGCGGCCGCGCGCGGGUUCACGUGGUGGCGAGGAGCGAGACGCCCACAGGUGAGACGCUGCCGUCCGGAUCGACCAAUCAGGAGAGAGAACCAGAACCUCCGUCGGACCAGGAAGCUCGUCCAGCAGGCGGCUCGACGGCCGUCAUCAAGGUGGAGGAUGACGAAGACGAGGAGGAGGAUGAAGAACCGUGGCGUCGCUCGGAACCCGACGGAGGUUUUCGUUGCGUCGUUGAAGAACCGACAGAGACCAAAGAUUCGCCGCUCAAACAGGAAGUAGCCGACGGCAGCGCCUCGUCGUCGUGGGCGAUCGUUGAGGUCAGCACCACCUCCCCGCCGAGCACCAAUCAGAGGCCGGAAACCUUCGACCGUCUGGUGUUUAAUCCUCCAGGUGUCGGCUGCUCCUCGGUCGAUUCAGGUGGCAGCUUCGGUUUCGUGUCUCCAGCCGACCAUCAGCCUGCAGGACUGAUCGGUGGCCAGCGGAGGGCGCCAGAGAAGAGCGCCGCCACCCGGAGGCGUCCGGACAUCGUCAGCAGAGCCGGCGGCCUCCGAGGACUGGAGUCCGGAGGGAAGUUCGUGUGCAGUUUCUGUGGAAAGACUCUGGCCUGCCUGAAGAACCUGAAGACCCACAUGAGGGUCCACACGGGCGAGAAGCCGUUCGUCUGCUCGCUGUGCGGGAAACGUUUCUCCGACUCCAGCAACCUGAAGCGCCACCAGAGCGUCCACACCGGCGAGAAGCGCUACGGCUGCGUCCACUGCGGCAAACGCUUCGCCCAGUCCGGCUCGCUGAAGGUCCACAUGACCGUCCACUCCGACUGCAAGGAGUUCAGGUGUUGCUUCUGCGACAAGACCUUCAUCUCCGGCAGCCACCUGAGGCGACACAUCACCGUCCACGGAGCCGACAAACGAUUCGCCGCCGCGCCGCCAUGACGCCGAGACACCAUCCCAUAAACUCAUCAGAGACUCAACUGACUGCCUGAACUCCUCCUGAUCUACAGAAACUUUCAUCAUCAAAGUUCUACCUUCAGACUGAGAACAUUAAGGACCUUGAAGGACUCAGAGGAAGCUUCCAGAGAAUGGUCCAGAUGUUGCAGGAGCACCAGGAGCAGAGCAUCACUGCACAGAGACACUAUAAGGAACGGUGGCUACAGAAGGAGUGUUUCUGCCACGUUUAGAGCCUCCAGUGGACGUUUGAGGAACUGCAGCUUUUACUGCAUGUUUCAGUCGUGGAACUGUAGAGAUGUUUGGAUUCAUUUCCUCAUGAAAAAGUUCCUCCAGACCUUCAUCUACAGUAACUUUAGUGUAUUUAUUGAGUCAGUGCAAAGUUCUACCUUCAUACUAAAAAUGUUUUCAGAGUUCCUUGACAGACUUCCAUCCAUCCAGGCGUCACAUUCUGAAGAACAAACCUGGUUUUUCUUCCAAAAUGAGACAAAAUGGCACAAAAGAGACUCAAACUUCAGGAAGGAGAUGAAACUGUCCAAAAAAACCUGAAACAACACGAACCAGACAGAAAACGACAAAAAAAGAGACAUAAAAAUGGCAAAAACUCAUUUUCAACCAUUUUUGAGUCGUUUUCGACAAAUUCUGAGAAAGUUGUGAUGAUUCUUGUGUAAUCUUUCGUGACGUUUGAUCAUUUCUCAUGACUGAAAAUCACAUUUGAGUUUAAAAACUGACUCCAGAUCAGUUUUACAUCCGUCCAGGCGUCUCAGUCUGAACACUAAUCAAAAAUUUAAGUAGUUUUGGAUGAUUUGUGUGAUUUUAGAUGUUUCUGUCAUUUGGGAGGAAAAUAAUUGAAUCAUUUUGGAGUCAUUUAAGUUAAUUUUGAACUUUUUUCAACAGUUUUUGAGUCUAAUUUUUGUAAUUUUGGAAGUUUUUAUGUCAUUGUGAACCAUUUUAAAAUCUUGUUGGAUCAGUCUUAGGUCAUUUUGAGUCACGUUUUUGUUAUUUUGGACAAAUUUUGAGAAAUUUUGUCAGAUUUUUUUGUGUAAUUUUGGACGUCUUUCGUGACAUUGCCAAGGGACUGCAGAUGGAAAUUAGCUUAAAGCUAACUGGUGCAAUACAUCAAAUGGAAACAUUUAUGUUUAAUAUUGUACAAGGUCCCUUUUUAAAUAAACUGAUAAUGAUAAUAAUAAUAAUUACUAUUAUUAUUGUUAUUAUACAUUUUGAGCAAUUUCUGAAAACACAUCGCAGUUCUGUUAAAAACUGACACCAGAUCAGUUUUACAUCCAUCAGGUGUCACAGUCUGAACAUUAAACCUGGUUUCUUGUUGUCUCUUCUAUAACCAACUGUGAGCAUCAGUAUUAUGGGAUGUAUCGUAGUUCGAACAGCAAAACUGCAGCAGUUAAUUAGUCCAAAAUUAUUAAUAAAUUGCCCAAGUUUCGUCAAGAUUUAGUUCAAAAUACCAGAAACUGAACCAAAAUGCCUCAAAGCAACUCCAAGGUGACUUGGGACUUUUAAAAAUGGGAAAAACUCCAAAAUAAAUGGUACAGAAUGAUUAAAAAUGGUCCAGAACAUCUCAAACUUGUCUAAAUGUUUCAUAACUGAUCGAAAAUUACGCAAAAUGUCGCAAUCUGAAGAUAACAUCUGGAAAAGUCCUUUAAAAAGUGAUAAAUCUGGACCCACUUCUAUGGACUUCAAGGACCUGGAAUGUUCUAAGAGAUUCAACUUAAAGACUGGAAGCAGGAAAGAAGAACGUCCCCUGGAGAAAGUUCUAGAGUAGACCUACCGACAACUGGAGAAAGUUCUAGAGUAGACCUACCGACAACUGUUAGGAUCACUGAUUAAUAUCUUGACAGAAAAAUCUCAAAAAACUUUUCAAAGUGACAAAAAAUGGCCAAAAUUACAAAAAAUUGUCCCAUAAUAAUUAUUAUUUGUUUUUUUCCUUUUAGCUCCAUUUGUCUUAUUUUUGUGAGAAAUUAAACUUUGAACCUGGUUUCAGUUCAGUUUGGAAUGUUUUUUGGCACCAGAAGGUGAAGAAAUAUUUUCUUUUAUCACAUUAGAGGAAAUAAAAAGCUAAAUGUUGUUUCUGACGAUGAAAAAAUAAAAGAAGAAAGUCAGAAACGUUUGUUUUGGUGUCAAUAUUAAGAAAACGCAAUGUCUGAUGCAGAUUUUAGAAGCAAAAGUAAAAAGUUUAAAACAAAAGAGAGAAAACAACACUUUUAGAGGAGAAUUUCAGAAUAAAAGUCUUCAGUGGCAGUUGUUUUACACUUUCGUGUUUUUGUGUCACUUCCUCAAUUCCAUGAAACUAAAUAAAAAUAAAAGACCAGAUAGAUCUUUAUUAUGUUCCAAAAACGUUCUGAUAAAGUUCUAGCUGCGUUUUAAGUUGGAUUUUUCUUGCAGUUCCCAGAAUAAAGUUCUCUAAAAAUGUU